AUGGUUAACGUUUCCAAAGGUUCAUUAAUAACAUGUGAUGCUGCCGUUAAACAAUAUCUUAUUCAUUUAGAUGAAACAAAUGAAUUUGGUAUGAAAUUCAUUUUACACCAUCUCGAUGAAAAUCAUUUAUUUGUGGCAACAAGUGCCGUACCAUUAAUUAAAGAAAGAUUAAAUAAACUAAUGGACAGUAUUUCAUAUGACUUAGGAGAAACACGAUAA